UGAGCCGAAGACAAACAUGGAUAAGCUUCUGUCAAUCUUGGAAAACGGCUCCUUACACUUCACUUACACAACAGUCGCUGCAGCUGUAAUUUUAACUUUGAUCAUCUCCAGGUUUUUCUCACGAAGGAGGUCGGUCGACUUAGACCAGAAAUAUGUUCUAAUUACUGGCUGCGACUCUGGCUUCGGUCGUGAAACAGCCAUUCGACUGGACAAGAUGGGAGCGUGUGUGUUGGCGACUUGCCUGACUGAGGAAGGAGAGCAGAGUCUAAAGUCCGCGACCAGUGACAAACUAAAAACAUUCCAGUUGGAUGUGACAAGUUCAGAGCAGAUCAAAGAUCUUUACGAAGAGAUUCAGAGACUCCUGCCCUCCGACCAAGGUAUAUGGGGAUUGGUAAACAACGCUGGGAUCGCCAUUACUGGACCAAUAGAAUGGAUGCCUUUACAAAAAUCAAAACGCAUUGCUAAUGUUAAUUUGUGGGGAUUGAUUGACGUGACUAAAACCUUUCUGCCGCUUGUCAAGAAGACCCGGGGCCGAGUGGUGAACAUGUCAAGUAUGUUGGGUCGUGUAGCGUUGCCUAAUGUUUCCAGCUACUGUAUAACAAAGUAUGGAGUGCAGGCAUUCUCCGAUGCCUUGAGGCGAGAAAUGAGCCCGUGGGGAAUACUGGUCAGUAUCAUAGAACCCGGUUUGUUCAAGACAGCCUUGGCGCACAUCGAGCGCAACACUCAAGCGGCGCAGGAAUUGUGGGACGACCUCAGUCCUGAGUUAAAGGAGGAAUAUGGGGAGAGAAAACUCACUCAACUCAAAAAGGGAAUUAGUAAAUUUUCCGAGAAUGCCAGCCCUGAUACAUACAAAGUUGUGGACGCUGUGAUCGAUGCUUUGACUUCUCAGCGACCUAAUACUCGUUACGCUGUGGGUCUGGAUGCAAAAGUAUCAAUCUUUAUUUCCUUCAUGCCCACUUUCAUUGGUGACAGCUUUUUCCGAGGACGUCGGUGAUAUGCCUUGGUUACCACGGAGCAUCUGCUUUUAUGAGAUCUCAGUAAGAUGCGUUUUAAAUAUCUGCCGUCUCCUAUCAAAAUCAUGACUUUUGCGUACAUGGUCUUACACAGCAGCACUAAUCGUGUUCACCUGUAUCACUGCAUAUUCCAACACAGCGGUCAAACGUCUGCGCAUGUGCUAACAUUGUAAAGACUAGGUGGCACUUAGGGGAGCUUUCAGGCUAUCAGAACCGAGUUUUCUCACACGAACUACAAACAAGCCAGUAAGUCACAGUGUUUUAGAAGUGUAUAACUCUUUUGGUAAAGCCCAAAACAGAAUGUCAAAUCGACAGGACACCCGUAAUCAAUAACCUUUGUGUUCGAGGUCUCGAGUUUCCCUCCCUGUCGCUUAUUAUGCGAGACAGUGGUUGUUUCUUAUAUUUUCCUUUGAAAUUUUGCGCGAAAAAGUGGCGCGCGGUUGGCCAAAAUUGAUCCCCUCACGCACACCCUACGUUUGACUGCUGCGGUGUAAGGAAUGUUGGGUAACCCAUAGGAUACCAAUUUCAAAAUACCCACUCACUUUGUUUCUAUAGCAACACAACAUAUUUACCAACAUAGUAACAAGCAAAGGACUCUUCCAAUAAUGUGAUAUUCGUUAUAUUCUUCAAUUAAAGAUGGUCAUGUUAUCAAUACCAACAUGCUAAACUGUAACUUAGGUAAUGACUAUAGGUCCGCAAUAAAAAG